AUGGAGAUGGAAGAAAAAGAAGCACAACGCAAGCAUACAAAUGCAAUCAAGCCACUAUUAACCGACACUAACAAGAAUAACAGGUUAUUCUUUUGUAUUUCUAGUUGCAUUUAUGAUGAGCAGACAUAUGGUUUCAAAUUCAGUGACAUGUCUAACAUAGUUCACAUAGAUGAAAAAUUGUUCUAUCUCACUAGAACACAACAAAUGUACUAUCUUACUCCAAGAGAACCUGAGCCACAUGGGGAAAUACAGUCAAAAAGAUUCGUUCCCAAGAUUAUGUUUAUGUGUGCGGUUGCUAAAUCGAUGUACUCUAGUGAAGGUGAACUAAUUUUUGAUGGAAAGAUAGGUACCUUUCCUUUUACAGCUCAAGUGCUAGCACAAAGAAGAUCCAAAAACAGGAAUAGAGGGGAACAAGAAAAUUCAAUCUAUAACAAAGACACACAUAAGCCAGAAGGUGCAAGCAAAAUAAUUUACAAUCAACAGGAUAAUGCAAAACCACACAUUCUAGACAAUGAUCCAAUAUUCAGGGAAGCUGCAAAUCAAGAUGGAUUCAAUAUCCAUUUAGUUCAACAAGCUCCAAAUUCCCCUGAUAUGAACAAAGCAGCAUACAACUACACUCAAUUGGUUAGGGCGGUGACAGGUGCUUUUGAAGCUUUAGAACACCACACAUUAAGCUUUGUUUGGAUAACCUUACAAGUAUGUAAGGUUGAGGUACUCAAUAAACUUGGUGGUAUUAACUAUCAUAUUCCACACAUGAACAAAAGCAAACUAGCUAGGGAAGGGAGACUACCAGAUUAUUUAACAGUUAGGAAAGAAAUCAUUUAUGAGUCACUCAGUCAUUUGGAUGUAAAUCAUUUAGAGGUUGCUUACUGUACUUGGGAAAUAAAGAUCAAGAGAUUUUCCAUCAAGCAACACAACCAACAAUAA